AACAGAAACAUUGUAGUAGCCUUUAAACUCAGAUGACGUCCCCGAAACGUCAAAACCCAAAAAUUCAAGAUAAAGCCUGCUAUAGCUCAUCUGUAAUGGCUACAUCAUCGCCUUUACGGCCGGAGUUAUAGUACUCUCAAGUCUUCGCCUCGAACGUCCGGACAACUCAGAUCUAUCAUUACAACACAUAAUUUCCAUUCAUAUUGGCAGCUAAACAAAUUAACAAAAUGUCCAACCGCCUUGAAAGAGAAGCCGAAGACCUCUAUGAGGCUCAAAACGACGCCUCCCCAGUCGCCGGCAACGUCUACGACAGCUCCUACAUCAGCGACACUCGUCCCGAGCUACGAGACCAACUCCCCGUGCAGGCCGACCAGGCGGACUAUGAUGACCCCGUGCAGCCCCCUUACUCGAACUCAAAUGAGCAGCUUGAGGAGGAUGAAAAAGAGGCCAUUAACAAAUCGAACAUUUUGAAGGGCGAUCGUACGCGUCAUGCUAAGCCGCAGUCUGCGAAUAGGUACAAUGAGGGUCCUGGUGAGGAUGACUUGCCUGAUUAUGUGAGGUAUGGCACCUCGGGCGUGUCUGGGACGAAGAGGUUGAGUUAGGUGCAUGGGGAUGGGAUAAGCUGUGAUUAGACGUUUGGUAUUUAUGCAUGGUUUUAUGAAAUGG